AUGAUUCAGUUGUUGUUCUUUGUGCUGUUUGCUGAGGGGGUUGUGGCAUUUUUGUUGUUGGUAAAGAUUGGGCCACUGAGAGACUUGGUGAUAAAGAGUUUGGAUCAGGUGAAGAUGGGAAAGGGCCCUGCUACUGUGAAAACUAUUGCUGGUACCAUGUCUGUGAUUCUGUUUUCUAGCCUCAUGAACAUUGUUAAGAUCCAAAAUAAGGGCGCAAAGCUUGGAACCAUGUCACCUAUGGAUCAGGUUCUGUGGAGAACCCACUUGCUUGAGGCAUCACUCAUGGCUUCUUUUGUUGCGCUUGACGAUGUUAUUUGGAUGGAAAACUUGCGAUUUGCGGUUAUUAGUUCCGAUGUGAAGGUGGAAAUUCAUGCCAUUGGAGGUACCUACCUGAGAAGAGAUGGCGAGUUUGAGUUAAGGAUGCAUAACUUGAUAGCAUACACUUUUGUGGAAAACCAUGCAUUUAGUUUUACCUUGUUUCUUGGGUUCUUAAUUGAUCGGAUGCACCAUUAUCUGUCAAAGCUUAUUAGGCUGAGGAGUAGUGUGGGAUCUUCAAAAGAGGAAGUGGAAAGGCUUCAGAAAGAAAAAAUGCAGCUUAAAGAGAAGGAAGACAAAGCUUCCAAGGAAAUAAAGCUUCUACAAGAACAAAUUUCUACUCAGUCAGAGAAUUUGAAGAAGCUGAAGUUGGAAUCUGAGCAAAAGGACAAGCAGAUUGAAACUGCUGAAGCCCAUGUUGUUUCCCUUCAGAAACAGUCUGCUGACUUAUUGCUGGAAUAUGACCGAUUGUUAGAAGACAACCAGAAUCUUCAGGCUCAAGCUACAGGACAUAGGAUUUGA